AUGUCAAUGGAGGAAAGCAUCAGUCUUGAAGAGACGAACAAGAUCCGUAUCUCUCUCGGUCUCAAGCCUCUUACAGAUGAUUCUGCACCAGCCGACGACAAAGAGAAGCAAGCGGAAGAUAAUUAUGCAAAGCAACGCGAGAGACAGGCGAAAGAGAGAGAAACAAAGCAAAUAUUUGACCGAAUAGCGAAGGUGAGGAACAGACGAGAACUCCAUGCCUCCCUCAAAGGUGCAACACUUGGUGAUCCCGACGGUGAUACAGAAGAUACCCUGAAGUGGAUCAAGAAAGCCAAGAAGCGUGACAAAGAGCUGGCGAAGGAAAGGCAGCAGGAGCUUGAGAACUUGGACAGAGCUUUUCAGGGUGACGACUAUACGGAAAAGGACUUGGUUGGUCUCAAAGUCAGUCACGACUUUGAAGACCUCGGAGAAGGCGAUGCCCGUAUUCUCACAUUGAAAGACAGCCGUGUUCUCGACAACGAAGAGGAUGAACUUCAGAAUGUUGAGAUGGCUGAAGAAGAACGCACUCGCAAGAAUAAUGAACUAAAGAUUAAAAGACGGGAUUACACCGGUUAUGACGAUGACGAGUUUGGAGAUGGCAAAGCUGGAAUGAAGAGAUCAAUUCUGGCGAAAUAUGAUGAAGAUAUUGAAGGUCCUAGGGAAACUGAUUUCCGUUUGGGUAAUUCUAUUACGUCCACCACGAUCAGUGGCGUUCAGGCGAAACAAGAACUAGCAAGCGUAAAUAAGUCUUUACUGUCAAUAGAUUACGCCAAGAAUUUGGAAACGCGUGAUUACCUACAAGAGGGAGAUAUAGGUUUCAAGAAGCCAAAGACCAAGAAGAAACGUUCAUCACGUCGUGCCCCCAUUGAUGGCGAUGAGAAUAUUAUGGAGGUUGAUGAGAAACCGGUUGUGCCUAGGCCACGUGAGUUAGACGCCAACUUUGUCGAUGACGAUGAGCUACAAGCUGCCCUUGCUCGGUCCCGAAGAGCGAAGCUUCACAAACUCAAGAAAUUGUCUCCGGAAGAGAUUGCCCGUAAAGUCGCAGAAGAACGCAACCGAGAGCAAUCGAGUCAAGCAGAUGAUCCUUUACAGAUAGGCGACGCAGAAGAUGGCGACACCAAUGGUUUGACAUUCGAUGAUACCUCGGAAUUCGUUCGGGCUAUCUCAUACAACACAACUGCAGUGAAGACAGAGCCUGCAGAAGAAUCAGUAGAACCCACCCCUGCCAAACAGAUAUCACCCUCUCGUGACCUUUUAGUGGCCGCAGGUGACGAAACUCUCGACGAAAUUGAAGCUGGUGAGGUUGUUAAGGAAGAGGAGUACGAAGAUAUGAUGGAAGUCAUCGCUGAAGCGGAGGAGAAGACCGCCGCAGUGAACGACGAUACCGAGGUCGGGACAUCAGGGGAAAAGACGUUUGGAUCUGGUAUGGCGGCGACCCUUUCCCUUCUCCGGCAGCAGGGUGUAUUGGCACUGCCAUCGGCAGAUCAGGUCGCGCGAGAGGGUAUUCAGUUACACAGGGAUCGAUUCCUCGCCGAAUAUCGCCAUCGACAAACCCAACGCGAAACGGAUCGCUUACAGUCUCGUAGUGGUAAUAAAGACCAAGCGACUCGAGAGUACGAAAAUCGACUUCGAGAACAACAAGAGGCUCGCGCGCAGCUGGAGUUAUUCAAGGACUACAAGCCUGACGUCGAAAUUGUCUACUAUGAUGAGUAUGGCCGUGUGCUGACCCCAAAGGAGUCAUGGAAAGCGUUGUCCCACAAAUUCCACGGUAAGGGCUCCGGGAAGAUGAAGACGGAGAAGAGGCUGAAGAAAAUUGCGGAGGAGAAGAAGCAAGCAGCUAUGGCAAGUGGUGAUACUCCCCUUAGCAUGAACCGUGCCUUCCAGAUCCGCCAGGAGAAAACUGGCCAAGCUCACUUCGUACUAUCUGUGGGUAAUAGAGGUGCUGUCCCUCAAGCGUCAGAGUUCUUGGACCCUCAGCCGUUGUCAAAGGGCAAGACUGAGAAGGCGAAGAGCAAAAAGAAGGAUUCAGGGAAGGCUGGUGCUCCAUUGCUCGAGUCCACUGGUUUCAUGACGCUACCGGCGCCACAUUCGCAGUCUCACCUCAAUUCCCAAAGUCCUGCCCCUUCGGGAUUUUCAUCUGUUAUACCUCCUAGUGGAUCGAACUCACCCCCAGUUAUGAAGCCAGGCUUUUCUCGCAUAUCGUCAGCUGCAGAUACGCCGACACAAACAGGUACUCCUGUGCCGUCAGACCGGACGAAGGUGGCUUUUGGCUUUGGAGCGAAGAGGAAAGCGGCAGAAGACUUUAUGGACCUACCUCCGUCCAAGAGACGAUGA